AUGCUCAUCGGAUUUAUCAUAGCCACAUUGCUGGCCAGCCUUGCAGCUUCUUCACCGGCUCCACGAGCUACCACCAUUGCCGUAAACACCACGGUCGUUAAUGGCAAGAGCUUUGUAUAUGAAGCUCUCGCAGGAUAUGGUUUCACUCCCAGCAACGCACGGGACAAAUUCGGAGACACUGCAGGCGGUAUUGGAAGCAGUGCCGCGAUUGAUCUCAAAUCCUGGAAGCUAAACAGCAAGACCGGUGUAUACACUGGCAUCCUCUGGGGCCUUCCUGAUCGCGGAUGGAACACCGAAGGAACACUGAACUUCCAGCCUCGUGUUCACAAGUUCGCAAUCACAUUCGCUCCCAACGAUACGGCAACAUCUUCCAAACCCAGCCCACCUAAUCUAAAGCUGCAAUAUCUCGAUACUGUUGCGUUUACAGAUCCAAUGGGCAACCCUAUGACUGGUUUAGACCCUGAUGCCCACGGUCCUUAUCUCACCUUCCCGGGCUUUCCUGAACUCCCCUCAGCGACCUAUCAAGGCGAUGGAUUCGGCGGAGCUGGAUCAGGUGGCCGUCGCGUAUGUCUAGAUUCAGAAGGCCUCGUCCUUGCAGCAGAUGGUUCAUUCUGGGUCUCAGAUGAGUAUGGUGCCUACGUCUACCGCUUCGAUCCCUCUGGUCGCAUGCUUUCUGCCAUUCGACCUCCUGCAGCGGUCAUUCCUCAACGCAACAACACCAACUCGUUCUCCGCUGCCAGCGCUCCUCGCUAUGAUCCAGACCUCAAGAUUACUCCGACCGCAAAUCCUACUGGCCGAGCCAACAACCAAGGGCUUGAAGGUCUGACCGCCUCCCCCGACGGUAAAACUCUCUACGCCCUUCUACAAUCUGCCUUGGACCAGGACGGCGGCCUUAACGCUUCCACUCGGCGCUAUGCUCGCUUGCUGGAGUACGAUGUCACUGACGUCUUCAAGCCCAUCUACAAGGCCGAGUAUAUCGUGCCACUUCCUCAGAUCACCAAUAACACACGCGUUGCGGCACAGUCAGAGAUCCACUAUCUCAGCGCGACACAAUUCCUUGUCCUCGCACGAGACUCGGGCCACGGCCACGGUCAAGACGACUCCAACUCCGCGUACCGCCAUAUCGAUAUCUUCGACAUCUCCAAGGCAACCAAUAUCAAGGGACCAAAAUACGACUCCACCGACAGCUCCGCGGCGCCCAAGGGUGUCCUUGACCCGGCCAUCACGCCUGCCGCAUACUACUCCUGGCUCGACUUCAACGUCAACUCGCAACUCAACCGCUUCGGUCUGCACAACGGCGGUGCACAGGACUCUGGGCUCUUGAAUGAGAAGUGGGAGAGCUUGGCGCUUGUACCCGUCAAUCCCAAGUCUGGGUGGAUGGGCUGGAGCACGAACCCGGCUAGCGAUGACGGGCAGUUCUUCCUCUUUAGCCUCAGCGAUAACGACUUCAUCUCGCAGAACGGUUUCAUGAAUGGUGGGAAGCUGCCGUACGCGGAUGAAAGUGGCUUUAGUCUAGACAAUCAGGCUCUCGUCUUCAAAGUCUCCAUUCCUGUUUAA